CUUUUUCUUCUCCUUUCUGCAACUUUCCACUCUCCGAUCAAAGCUUCAAGGUCCUAACCCCGUCCAUCAAUGGCGUCUGCUACCUCUCUCAGAGCCGUCACCUCUCUGAACAACCCAGAACAGCGAACGCCAUGUCUGGCCAAUAAGAGCAAGGGGCUUUCAAGUUUGAACCUUUCGGGAUCGCUUCCGUUGUACCGGAAACUGAGGCUCGCGGCUGACCGUCCCGCCAUCUCGGCUGCAAGGAAUUUCACCACCAAGGCCUUCUUCUUCAACAAGCCCAAGCCAUCUCCGCCUGAGCCCCCCAAAUCCAGUAGAGUACAGGAGCUGUGCGUCUACGAGAUCAACGAGCGAGACAGGGGGAGCCCCGCGUACCUCCGGCUCAGCCAGAAGUCCGUCAACUCCCUCGGCGACCUGGUGCCCUUCAGCAACAAGCUCUACACCGGCGACCUGCAGCGCCGCGUGGGAAUCACCGCGGGCAUCUGCGUCCUGAUCCAGCACGUGCCUGAGAAGAGCGGCGACCGCUACGAGGCCAUCUAUAGCUUCUACUUCGGCGACUAUGGCCACAUCUCCGUGCAGGGGGCGUACCUGACGUACCAGGACACGGAACUCGCCGUCACCGGCGGCUCCGGCAUCUUCGAGGGGGCGCAGGGCCACGUGAAGCUGCAGCAGAUCGUGUUCCCCUUCAAGCUCUUCUACACCUUCCACCUGAAGGGGAUCAAGGACUUGCCGGCUGAGCUGACUGGGAAGCCGGUGCCGCCGUCGCCGAGCGUGGAACCCACGCCGGCGGCCAAGGCGUGUGAGCCUCACGCGACUAUCCCGAGCUUCACAAACUGAUGUAAUGCUAAGUAGUUUCCCACUUACUCAGAUGUCUCGGAGACUUCCCAUAUCUGUACCCGCAUUUGUCGAAAUUUCUAUGUUAGUCCUUUAAACUUUUUAGUUUCAUCAUUUCCAUCCCGCGUCGGCAUUGCUAAUAAAUUGGUCAAUUUCUUUGUUCCAA